UACUCGAACAUUUUGAUAAUCCCUAAUCAGGCUCCGCCCCUUCGCGCUUUCAAUCAGCCGAGUACAUAGAUGCUCAGCCGUCUCAAUCAUAUCCGCACCGCCUUAUUUUCUUUCGCGAAGCCUGCAAUGUCACACGCAGUUGAUACGUCUCAUUAUCGUGCCGCCUUGUCUUCAGGUGCUCAUCCUCAAAGCGAGACUGCCACAUUUGCUGCGGGGUGUUUUUGGGGUGUCGAACACAUAUUCCUGAAAGAAUAUCCUCCGUCGCAGAAUAAGGGCAUCCUCAAGACCAGCGUCGGAUACACUGGAGGACUGGAGAGCGCUCAGACCCCAACAUACAGAGAAGUGUGCACUGGGACAACCAAUCAUGCCGAAGCCUUGAGGAUUGAAUUUGACCCUUCCACAAUCAACUAUGGCGAGCUCGUCGAGUUCUUCUACCGCACCCAUGACCCGACUACAGUGAACAGGCAGGGCGGUGAUGCGGGCACUCAGUACCGUUCUGCAAUCUUCACACACUCCCCUGAACAAAGGACAAUAGCAGAGGAAGUUACACGUAAGGUGCAAGAGGAACAUUUCAAGGGCCAAACAAUCGUGACAGAAAUCGAAGAAGCUGGGCCGUGGUAUGAUGCCGAAGAAUACCAUCAGCUGUACCUGUUCAAGGAACCGAGUGGUUACCAAUGCCCAACACACAGAAAGCACUGGUAGAUGGAUGGGAUUAUCGACACCUUGUAAAUGAGUACGAAAUAAUGAUGAAUGUAAAUAUGAAUUAUCGGUGAAGAUCCAAUCAAAAACCGCCAUCAGAGUUGUAAAAGCCCCUUUACAAAUGUAACGGACUCAACUCUGCGCAUCACAAGUAUUCUGAUUCAACCUUCAACUCUCUGACAGUUUCUUGUAAUUGUGUUUUUGAUCGUAGAACUUAGGAGUACUGGUGGAGCUCAAGUGCAGCACCACUUACCAGUGGUGAUGGUUGUGCCAGCAAUUUUACG